AGUUAUGUACCCCCAAGUAUCUCACCCUUAGAACUUUCUGGAACUUUAAAUAUAAACAUAAACAGAGAUACUGUAAGCAUUGCAACAUAUUAUAUUGUUAUUGCAUCAGCCAGGAUGCUGAUGGAUCAUUCCACGAAUCUCCAACUUUGUAAAGCAUCAACUGUAUGGAGUGUAGAGUGAUGUAUCAGCAGAUUGAUCACGUAGGCCACUCUUAGUGUUAAGACUAUGUCAUUGUAUGAGUCAGUAUUAAACGGACCUCAAAUCGGAACGGUUAUGCUCGUCUUUAAUUUUAGUUUUUAAAAACCUAAUAGCGCGGACCCGCAAUUUGACUGGCGCAGCCGGUAGGAUAGUCGCUAAUAUUAGCAGCGCGUGUUUCGCAUCUGUCGGUUCGAGCAUCAAAUUUUGCUUACCUAAAAAGGUGAAAUUACGUCGCGAUUCGCUAUUAAACGGCUAUUCCAAGAACCAAACAAAUACGUCAAGAAAAGGGUAUUCAAAAGUGCAUUAGUGUUUUUGCUCGAGUGUUGAGGCAGCGAUGCGUUGGUAAGUACACUUCUCACCUCCCAAAUCCAGUCCUCUCCAUUUUUCACAUGUUAUUUAGGGAUCAAAUUCUCUCUGCUUAACGCUAGAUAUUAAGUAAAGUGUAUUAAAUUGAUUAAAUUGAUUAAAAGUAAGAAAAAGUUAAUUGUAAAGCUAAAAAUAGUGCAUCAAAUUCUGCAACCCCUAGUUAAGUAAAAUAUAGGAUAAGUAAUCAUUAUUCUAGGAAAAUUCCCAUAAUUGUUGAGUUAUUUUGGAAGCGUUUGCUUAAAAUUAGUAAUGUCUAAAAUAAUUUUAAUACCCCGCGAAUUUUCUGGAGUAAUACCCACCUUCAAUGGUGACGGGAAGUUACUAAGGACAUUUCUCACGAAAUGCGAAUAUGUUAUCAAUGCAUAUAAAGGAGAUAACAACCCCGAACAGGAGCUCUACCUGUACCAUCUAAUUACGAGCAAACUAGUUGACAAAGCCGCUGUUCUUAUCAGCGAAAGACAGGAUAUAGAGUCAUGGCAACAGCUAAAAGAAAUUUUGACACAAAGCUUCGGUGAUAAACGCUCAGAAGAGUGUAUAGCCAUCGAAUUGGAAACGUUAAAAAUUAACCCACAAGAAGACUUUUCUAGCUUUUACAGUAGAAUACAACACAUUAAAAGCGCUUUAAUAGCCAAGGUCAACCUUUUGGAAGACCAACAACUAAGAAAAAGUAAAGUAACAAUAUAUGAGAAUCUUGCCAAAAAUGUUUUCCUCUAUAACUUGCCUGAGGAUUUAAUACGGAUUGUACGGUUGAAAGAAUGUAAUUCGAUUGAAAGUGCCCUCAGCAUCGUAUUGGAAGAGGUAAACUUCAAAUUCCAAUAUCAAUCUAGAAACAAUAUGUUAAAGAAUGCAACCCCCACGUCAAAACCCCCUCAGUUAACAUCAUUUAACAACCAAAAUUCUUUCAGACCACCAGCAUUCCUUCAGCAAGGCUUCAGACCUCUUGUUCCACAAAAUAACCAAUUUAAAUUUGGCAUCCCCCAAAAUCAACCCUAUGUUAGACCCAACUUCCAGCCUACAGGCUACAGACCGAAUUUCCAGCCUACAGGCUACAGGCCCAAUUUUCAGCCAACUGGUUACAGGCCCAACUUACCCCAAAAUCAAUUUAAGUUCGGCAUCCCCAACCAAAACUUGCAAAGACCACAGUUUAAAUUUGGAAUUCCCAACCAACAGUUUCACCCCUAUAAAUCCAACAAUGCAGUGACGACUGACGUAUCCAUGAGAACAGCCCCUGUAAAACAAUUCUCAAAACCAACCAACAUGAACCAACUCUUUUAUAACGAGUUGCCAUACGAACCCGAAUCAGAGCAAAAUCAACCUGAAAACUAUGACGAUAAUGUCUAUUAUCCUGAGUACGCUCACGAAGAACCCGCGUACAAUGACGAAUACUACAAUGAAAUCCCACCUAUGUCUAAUCAGGAAAUAGAGACUGAAACUGAAAAUGAAAAUUUUCAGGAAGAAGCCUCCCCAACCAACCCGAAGAGAUAAUACAAAUAAAUUGCCACCAAGUUAAUAAACUACCCCAUAUAGUCAUCCCUGAAAUAAAUGCUAAGUUCAUGAUCGACACUGGUAGCACCCGAUCUUUCAUGAGCCCUGAAAUAGCGAACUAUUACUUUUCAGACUUCAAAUACCAAGAGCCCUUUGAAGUAAUUAGUACCCAUUCACGCAGCAAGCACGGAGAAGUAAUUUAUAUACCUCUCCUGAAAACAUUUCAGAGCCCACUGAAACAUAAAUUUUAUCUGUACAACAUAGAUAAAAACUAUGACGGUUUGAUUGGUUCAGAUCUACUGACGGAGCUUGAAGCCACAGUAGAUAUGAAAAACCAACUACUUAUAACACCCAACACACGGAUACCAAUAAUAUACAGUCCACCUCGACAGGCUAUCCUUGAGCCCCGCUCUGAAACCCGUGUGAAAAUUCCCACGAGCUUAGAAAAUGGUGAAGCGAUAAUUGACUACAGAGAUUUCGGAAACGGAAUUAGAAUGCCUUCAGCAAUAGUCACUUGUAAGAAUGGCCUCGCUGAAACAAUUAUACAAAAUCUUUCAGAGGAAAGCGUAACGCUUACAUUCCAUAAGCCUUUUCAGGUCCAACCUUUUCAGGAAACAGAAAUAAA